CUCUCUUGCUUUGAUGUGGGCUUUACACCCCUACAAGCUAUUGAAACAUGUGCGAACUGUUUUCACACACAGAAACUAAACAGAAUGAUCUGUUUGGAAACAUAGCAUACACUUACAGAAACAUGAGAGAAACAAACAAACAUGCAUCCAACCUGUGAUGACAGUCCUUUUGUCCACAGAUACUGUAGCCAGUGGUAGCUUCAACACAAGCUAAAGCCAGAGGGAUGCGAUUUCCUGGUCACCAGCAGCCAGGAGCAGUUCCUGGGUAUGGCAUGAUGCCCAACAUGGGGGGCCAGUUUGUGGGCCCCGGGAUGCAGCCCGGAGGAUACCCCAUGAUGCAGCAGCAGAUGAUGGCUGCCCCUGGGGUCAUGCCCCAGAUGUUCCAAAUGCAGCAGAUGGGAAUGAGAGGAGUUGCCCCCCCUCCCUACACCCCGCAGAUGGCGCAGAAAUUCCGCAUGAGAACUGGUGCGGUGUCGAUGCGCCCCAAGGAGUUGAGUGAGAAGGAGCGACAGUUCCAGCUGCAGCAGCAGCGUCUCAAGCAGUUUGGGAAGCCCGGCGCCAUCACUGCCGAUGCUGACAGACUUAUAGCCAACAUGUUUGGAGCGGAGAAGCCCAAGACGAGAAUGUCCCCAAAGCCUCAACAACAAGCUCCCAACUCAACAGAGGACGACGGAUUCGGUGACUUCAUGCAGGGCCCGUCCCGCCAAUCAUCGUCAUCGAUGACCACUCCUCCAGCCAACCUUGCUCCAGCAGACGGCGGUCAGCUUGGCCCAAGCAUGCUCCCACCCGGCCCAAGCAUGCUCCCUCCCGGCCCAAGCAUGCUCCCACCUGACCCAAGCAACAACAGACCUUCAAGUGUAACUGUAGGUCCACAGGCUGAAAAGAGGCCGAAGGAGGAAAAAAGAGCCCCCGACCUGAUGGCCAUGAUGAUGCAGUGCUCCGACCUGAACGCCCCUCAGAGAGCCAAGCAGUUCCACAAGCCGUCCCUGAAGGAGGUCCAGGUGGAGCAUCUCUCCAACAUCCCUUCCUUCCACCAGAGCGACUCGUCACGUCACUGGACAGGGCAUGACAACCUAGAAGGACUCUUUGCCACAGAACCUCCCCCUCCCCCUCCAGUUGUCAAGACAACCAAGAGACGCCAUUCAUCUGGUGCGGGUAAAGCCAUAGUGGCCAAGACAAGUGCCGGUUUACCUGUGUGGUGUGAGCUACCUGAUGAUCAGCUCCCCCCUCUGUACAGACAGGUGAUGGAGGCAGCCACAGUAGAGGGGAAGUUAGAGACAGACCGUGUCUACCCGAUACUGAUGAUGAGCGGCCUACCGCGGGAAAUGUUGGGUUUGAUCUGGCAGAUGGCUAACAAGGACACUCCAGGGCAGCUGUCUAAACCCGAACUGUUUGCAGUGCUCGCUAUUAUUGCUCUCACACAAAACAACUACACUGUUGCUUCUCUGGACAUCCUGCUGAGAUGUCCUCAGCCGCCGGUACCAUUCCUUGGCCCACAGUCUGUUGCCAUGCCAACACAACCACCAGCCAAUCAGGGCCAGGUUCCAGUGGCAGGUCAACCAAUGGGACCGCACAUACCUGGUAACCAGGCAACAGUGGCACCCAGUGGGGAGGCCAUGAUGACCAAUACUCAAGGACAGUGGAUGGGUCCUCAACCCGGGGCGCAGACCGCAGCCACCAUUCCUCACACCAAUGUUCCAGCUCAAGGUGGUCCGGCCAUGCCUCCCCUCAACCACAUGGCUCCUCCCCUUGGCUUCCAGCAUGCUCCGCCUCCAUACCAAGCCCCGCCCCAGCAAGCUCCGCCCCCAGAGCCUGUCCCCACCCUCCCUGUGGCAGAUGAAGACUUCGCUGACUUUCAAACAGCCCCAGCACCCACACAGGCUGUCAGAAAAGGAGCAGAUGACAGUUAUGGCGACUUUAUUGGUGGGGCACCAGCAGUAUUACCGACACCACCUCCCAUUAAGGAAGAAAAACCACCUUACAUCAUAUCUGCUCCAAAGCUGGAUCCUGAGAUGGAGACGAUAUCACCGGAUGACAAAUACAACUCCAACGUCAGGAGCUUCUUCUGCAGCAGCGACUCCUCCACCGCCCAUCCCUCUAAGCACGACUCAGAUCCGAAAGGACACAGCACUCCAAGCCUGGAGGAUGAGGACUACACCGACUGCAGGGACAGCAGUCAGGUCAGCACCUCCGAGCAGUCCGAAAAUGAAGACAUCCGAGCAUUUGAGUCCUACGUGGAGGAGUUCCAUCGCAAGAAAGAACUACGGGAAACCAAAAGUCCUAAGCAUAGAUCUAUUGCUCCUCCAACUAGUCACAUCGUGCAGCCUCAACCAAAGAUCCCAGCUUUACCUUUCCCAUCCAUACCCCCUUUGACACAAGGGCCAAGACCGACAGGUUCUGAUGACUUCACAGACUAUAAAUCUGCCCCGAAAGGGUCCAGCUUGUUCCGACCUGUACCCAAGAAUGUGUACGCUAGUCAGGCAGCUCAUGCAGAGAAGACUGUGAAUGCAGCAGCCCAGAAGCUGGCAACUGAGGCUGAGUUUACAGAUUUCCAAGAAGCUCCCCCAGCAGCUCAUAGAGCAGGUCCUUCUGAUUCUGACUUGAUGGGAGAGGAGGACAAGUAUAAUGCACUUCGGGUCCUCUGCGUUGAUGAAGCUCCAGAAAAAGAAGUUCCAACAGAGCCUCAGCCAAAGGAAGAGGACUUUGCCAACUUUGAUGAACAAGGGGAAGACUGGUCUGGGUUCACAGAAGGUCCUUCAGAGUCCACUGAUAAGGAUCUGGGUAGAGGUCAGUCUUCGGCUUCUAUAGACAAUGCAUCAAUAUUAAGCUUGUUUGGUUCAGACAGAGGGGAGGACAAGGGAGAAGAAUGGGCCGAUUUUGAAGCAGCAAGUGCUCCUCCUCCUGAUGACCAUAAACCAGCUCCUUCUGAAGAUUGGGCAUCUUUUAAUCAUUCCGAAUCAAAUGUUGAUGCAACUGAUACAGAUUUAGAAAUGAAAGCCACGUUGCCUAAUUCAUCUGAUUUUCAACAAGGUUUUGCUGUGGAGAGGAUAUCAAAGACUGAUAGUGACUGGGGUGGGUUUGCUCAGUCAGACAUCCCAGCCUCUGAGGUGCAAGAAACACAAAGUGACUGGUCCGACUUUCACUCUGGACAAGACAGUUCCAAUAUACUGACUGUUAAGAAGGAGAACUUACAAACAACGGAAGUGCUAGGUGUUUUUAAGGUUAGGGAUGAACCGAAUGCCAGUUACAAGUUAUCAAAAGACUCAUCAAAAACCUUGCGUAUGCCUUCUCUUGAAUCAGACAUCGAUGACGACCGCAUUCCUCCACCGAUGGAUCAUUUAGACGACGAGGAUGACAGUAAUGCAUUCUCCAGAGGGUAUGACCUUGAUGACAUGGUUCGUCAUACAGCUGUUACUACAGUUUACAGCAUGUAUGCAGUGACAUCCCAUAACUACAGUGCUUCGAAGCACAAACAGGAGCUCAAGACUACAGACUCUAUACGUAAUAGUGAAGAAAGGGGGCACAGCAUGUCCCCCGAUAUCCAGAUGACUGAAACAGACAGCUCUUCUUCCAAGGACAUGGACAGCUGGGGAUGGAAGGACAAGUGUCAAGGGGUUCGGGAAGACUCGCAGUCUAUUUCUAGUCUUGAGUUUCCAAUUUCUAAGGGUGUGUCAGCUCAGAAGGACUCAGACAAUGGUGGCACUGACAGUCAGUCAGUGUCCAGUGUUGAGUUUGGGAACUUUGAAGGGUCAUCACGUGCCCCGGCCAGUGCGGAGUCUAAGUCAGUGGACAGCCUGGAGCUGUAUAAAAAGGAGGAGGGCUUCAUGGAGGAAGGUCAGCAGAAUGGGGAGACUCAAGGGACACUAAGUCAGCCGGUGAUGGCCCAGACACUGCUGGUAGGCGGAGGUGAGAUGCGGGCGCUGGCCGACCGGUACAACAUCGACGGGGAGACACAUGGGAGCAACAAUCAUGAGUACCAGUGGGAACGUUGUUUCGACAAUUGUUGCCGCAUGAUCAAAGAUGCCAACAACAUCUUCAACUCUGUCAGCCGGUCAGCUGUCUGUAACGAGGUCAUCAAGUCAUCCCAGGGGUCAGAGUAUGUCAACGGCAUCAUUGAGAUCUACCGUGUGUCCUGUCGAAUCAUGGCAGCAAUGACAGGGUCAGGUAUAAAGACAGCCUCCCUGGAGCGGCUCCUGAAGGACAUUGACCUGGCCUGGAACAACUUGACUGCCUUCUUUGUUGGAGCCUCUGUGCUGCCGGAACCAACGACCCUCAACUUCUUUCAUGCGAUCAUCAAAUCUGACAGUGAUGUGGCUCAACACAGUGCUUGUGGUGUCUGUCUCCUGGAUGUGGAUGCCCGCUCCAAGUCAUUCCAACAGAAUGAAGAGAUUACCAAGUUGACGUACGGGGGCCGGCAGUAUCACGCUCCCUGUGCCAACUUCUGGAUCAACUGUGUCGACUCCACAUUACCUGCCCUCAAGCUUCCUGAACUGUUAUAACAUUGACUCCCAUAGAACUGUCAUAACACAGACUUCAAAGCUGUUAUAACAAUUACUGUAGUAGAACUGUUAUAACAUGGACUUUAGAGCUGUUAUAACAAUUACUGUAGUGGAACUGUUAUAACAUGGAUUUCAGAGCUGUUAUAACACUCUAGUAGAACUGUUAUUACAAUGACUUUAGAACUGUUAUAACACUGACUCCGGUAGAACUGUGAUAACACGGACUUCAGAGCUGAUAUAACAAUUACUGUAGUAGAACUGUUAUAACACAGACUGCAGAGCUGUUAUAACACUGACUCCCGUAGAACUGUUAUAACACUGACUCCAGUAGGAAUGGGAUAACACAGACUUCAGAGCUGUUAU